AUGAUGGUGAAAGCCCUUCCUUCCCAGAAACUCUAUACGCGUAUGAGGUUAUGGGAGUUUCCUGAUCAAUACAUUGUGGAACCUACUGAUGGUUCUUCUGGUUCUUGUUUAGCUGUCAGUCGUGUUAAUGGUUCAAUGACUCUCGUUGAUGAAGUUCCGCGGUUUACCACUCCUCGAGUUCCCAAAAUUCAGACUGUUUUUGGUGUUAUUGGGAUGCUAAAACUAUUGGCAGGAUCAUACUUAUUAGUUAUUACGGAACGUGAAUCUGUUGGAACUUACUUGGGGCAUCCCAUCUUCAAAGUUUUGACACUAAAAGUCUUCCCUUGUGAUCAUUCCUUGAAAAAUUCUCCUGAAGAACAGAAAAGAAUGGAGUCCGAAUUUUCUAAUCUUUUAAAAGUGGCAGAGAAAACUACUGGUCUCUAUUUUUCAUAUGAUGUCAAUAUAACAUUGAGAGUCCAGCGUUUGAACGAAUUGGGUGAUGAAUCAAAGUUGCUUCCUCUCUGGAGACAGGCAGAGCCGCGGUUCCUAUGGAACAACUAUAUGUUGGAAGUUUUCAUAGAUAACAAGCUUGAUCCUUACAUGCUUCCUGUUAUUCAAGGGUCUUUCCAAAGCUUUCAGUCCGCCAUUGGUUUAGAUAUUAUAGACGUCACCCUGAUUGCACGGAGGUGCACUAGGAGAACAGGGACUCGGCUGUGGAGAAGAGGAGCUGAUUCUGAUGGUUAUGUAGCAAAUUUUGUGGAAAGUGAACAAAUUAUACAGUUAAAAGGGUUUAUUGCAUCGUUUGUGCAGGUCCGAGGUUCGAUGCCCUUUCUAUGGGAACAAAUUGUUGAUUUGACAUACAAGCCAAAGUUCGAUAUUUUGAGACCUGAGGAAGCGCCUCGAGUUGCUGAACGACAUUUUCUGGAUUUAAGGAAGAAAUAUGGAAAUGUUUUAGCUGUUGAUCUUGUCAAUACGCAUGGUGGCGAGGGACGGUUGACUGAACAGUUUGCCACUUCAGUUCAAGAUAUUCUUAAUGAUGAUGUGAGAUACUUGCACUUUGAUUUCCACCACAUUUGUGGACAUGUUCAUUUUGAGCGCCUAUCUAUCCUCUACGAACAAAUUGAAGAUUUUUUGAUCAAAAAUAGGUACUAUUUGUUAAACGAGAAGGGUGAAAAGGUUGAAGCACAAGUUGGAAUCGUGAGGACGAAUUGUGUUGAUUGUCUAGACCGGACGAAUGUGACACAAAGCAUGAUUGGGCGAAAAAUGUUGGAAUUCCAGCUUCAAAGGCUUGGUGUUUUUGAUGCUGAAGAAACCAUUAGCGCACAUCCUAAUAUUGAUGACUGCUUCAAAAUAUUAUGGGCUAACCACGGGGAUGAUAUAAGCAUCCAGUAUUCAGGCACGCCUGCUUUAAAAGGAGAUUUUGUCAGAUUUGGUAAGAGAACUCUUCAAGGGAUUCUUAAAGAUGGUUGGAACGCCUUAAUGCGCUAUUACCUUAACAAUUUCGUUGAUGGUACAAAGCAGGAUUCGAUUGAUCUACUUCAAGGUCAUUAUAUUGUUUCCGUCUCCCGUGAUAUGGCUCCUACGAUACCAAAAAGAGGGAUUGAGGCCAUUGCAUCUUUACCGCUUGCUUUAGCGCUGAUCACAACGGGUUUAUUUUUCACAAUGGUGUCUCUUACGCGAGUUCGGAACGAUCUUUGGCAGUUACUGUUUUCUAUUUUGUGGGGCGGACUUAGUAUAGGCAUUGCAAUAUUCGUGAGAGCCAAUGGUCGAGUUUUCUGUAAUCGACCCCGUCUGCACAAGCCUCCCCGUUGAUUAAUGGCUCAGGGUUAGUUACUUUGCUUG